UUUGUCAAAUUUAGAUUGUAAUAUGAAAACAACAACUACUAUAUAAGAUCAUAUGAAAGGUUUGCAUUUAUAUAUGAUCUUCAAAAGAAAUGAAAUGAAGGUGGUUUUUUGAUGGUAUCAUCUUCAAUAUUAAGUAAAAAAGAAAAAAGUUUCUUUUCCCAUUUUGAGAAUGUCAAGUUGAUGUUUUGGAAUUUGAAACAUUAAAUUUUGGAAGGAUCGCUUUCUGGGUAGCGAAGAGUUUUCCCCAUCUUUUUUAGCUUUCGGUUGAUCACGGGUUUUGUUUUGCGUAGGUGGCAUAAAUCUGAAGAUCUUGAUUGUCAUGUUAUUGAUUAGCUUUUUUCAGGUGAAUUCUUGAUCAGGCAAUUGCGUAAAAUAUAUAUAUAUAUACACGUAUUCGCCUACCAAUUUGGGGAUUAUUUGUAGGGAGAUAUUUUUUUCAUUCUCUUGUUUUGGUUGUAAUGAGGAAAUGAUCCCAAUUUAUAGUUAUUGAGAAGGUUUAAUUUGGUUUUGUGCUUCUAGGUUUUGGGAUUUUUUUUUUUCUAGAUUUUGUUUCUGAGCUCCAUAGUAUUUCAGGAGGCUUGUGAGUUUUUUUUUUUUUUUUUUUGUAUAUAUUUAUAUAUAUUUUGGUGGAAGUGUAGCUGAAUUGCAGAGUUUGGAUUUGAUAAUAUAUAUAAUUGUCGUAGCCAUUUCUUGUAUCGGGAUAGGGAACUAACAGUUGCUAAGUGAGUUACAAAGAUUUUUGGUUGGUACUGAUCGGCGCAUAAAGGAUUCUUGUGUUGUGCUGUUAGUCUUCUGGAUUUAAUAUUUGGCCAAGAAGGAUUUGGAAUUUUAAGUUUCCUUAGAUAAUAGGUCUUCUUGGAAUUUGGUGUUUUCAUUUUGUGGAGGUGGAUUGGUCAGCAGUCUUAGAUGAGCAUAUCAUAAUGAGCAGGGCAGUAGGAUCUUUUGUAGAUGGAUGCGCCGGAGAAGACGUUGUCCGAGCUAGUUGGUACAUUGAAAUCAUGGCUUCGUUGGCGAUCCGAACCUGCUCACCUAUCAAGGGAUUUCUGGAUGCCAGAUCAAAGCUGUAGAGUCUGCUACGAAUGUGAUUCCCAGUUCACACUUUUUAACCGUAGACACCAUUGUCGACUCUGUGGUAGAAUUUUCUGCGGCCAGUGUACAGCAAACUCAGUUCCUGCUCCAUCUGUUGAAUCAGAUUCUCCUUGGAAAGAGUGGGAGAACAUUCGAGUAUGUAAUUAUUGUUUCAAACAAUGGCAGCAGCAGAGUGUAGACACUGUUCAUAAUGGAACCCAGGCUCCUAUUAUUAAUCUCAGUACUUCACCAUCAGCGGCAAGUCUGGUCAGCACUAAAUCUAGUGGCACUGCUAAAAGUAGCAGCUGUACUCCUGGCUUGUUGUCAUAUUCGACUGCCUCUUACCAACAAGCUCAACACAAUUCUGGUGUCAGCCCUCAUCCAUUACCAAUAAUGGAGAAAAACUCUGAGAGGCCAGUCAUGGUAGCAUCAAGGACAAAUAAUGACCAUGUUGCUGAUAUAGGCGAUCCAUCUCCAAACCAAUUUUCAUUUUCGAUGAACAGAAGUGAUGAUGAGGAUGACGAGUAUGGUGUAUAUCGGUCCGAUUCUGAAACAAGGCAUUUUCGUCAAGUCAAUGACUUCUACAGUCCACUACAGUUCAAUGACAUGAGCAAUGAUGAUGGAUCACAUAGAAUGCAACUCGAUCAAGAUUAUACUGCCACAAAAAGUUUGAGCAGCUCUCCUCUACUCAGUUUUGGAUCACAAGGCUUAGAAGAAAUCCAACAGCUUGGGAAAAAGGAUGGGCAUGAUAUUGGUGAUGAAUGUGAGGCACCCUCCUCUUUAUAUGCUUCAGAGAAUGCCAAUCUUGGACCUGUGGAUUUUGAGAAUGAUGGAGUUCUCUGGCUCCCUCCUGAUCCAGAAGAUGAAGAAGAUGAUAGAGAAGCUGAUCUUUUUGAUGAUGAUGAUGAUGAUGGUGCUGGUGAUCCUACAGGAGAGUGGGGAUACUUCCGCACCUCAAGUAGCUUUAGUAGUGGGGAGUUCCGCAAUAGGGAUAAAUCAUUUGAGGAGCACAAGAACGCCAUGAAGAAUGUGGUUGAUGGGCAUUUUAGGGCCUUGGUGGCUCAGCUAUUACAGGUUGAGAAUCUUCCUGUCAGUGAUGAAGAUGUUGAAGAGAGCUGGUUGGAGAUCAUCACAGCUCUAUCUUGGGAAGCUGCUACACUAUUAAAGCCAGAUAUGAGUAAAAAUGGAGGAAUGGACCCUGGUGGUUAUGUAAAAGUAAAAUGCAUAGCAUCUGGACGUCGCCUUGAGAGUAUGGUGGUUAAAGGAGUUGUUUGUAAAAAAAAUGUGGCUCAUCGACGGAUGACAUCAAAAGUAGAGAAGCCUCGCUUGUUGAUCCUUGGAGGAGCCCUUGAAUACCAGCGUGUUUCUAACCAUUUGUCAAGUUUUGAUACUCUCUUGCAGCAGGAAAUGGACCAUCUGAAGAUGGCUGUGGCAAAGAUAGAUGCACACCGUCCUGAUGUCCUUCUUGUUGAGAAAUCAGUUUCCCGAUUUGCUCAAGACUACCUACUUGCAAAAAACAUAUCACUUGUUCUCAAUAUCAAGAGGCCACUUCUAGAGCGGAUAGCCCGUUGCACAGGUUCUCAAAUAGUCCCUUCAAUUGAUCAUCUCUCUUCCCCAAAGCUGGGCUACUGUGAUACAUUUCAUGCGGAGAGAUUUCUGGAAGAUCUUGGCUCUGCUGGCCAGGGUGGAAAGAAAUUGGUGAAGACAUUGAUGUAUUUUGAAGGAUGCCCAAAGCCAUUGGGCUGCACUAUUUUACUAAGAGGUGCUAAUGGGGAUGAGUUGAAGAAGGUGAAGCAUGUGCUUCAAUAUGGGAUUUUUGCAGCUUACCACUUGGCAUUGGAGACAUCUUUUCUUGCCGAUGAAGGUGCCUCUCUGCCAGAACUUCCAAUGAACUCUCCAAUUAGUGUGGCACUUCCAGAUAAACCAUCGAGCAUCGAGAGGUCAAUAUCGACAGUACCUGGUUUCACUGUCCCUGCCAAUGAAGAGUCUGAGGGACCUCCACAUGUUACUGGACCACAAAGAUCUAAAAGUGUCCCUAUUUCUGGGAUGGGCUCAUUAAUUGAAAGUGCUUCAAUUGUUAAGAUGCAAAUGACAAUACUGCCAUCUUUAUCCAAUACUCAUAGGUUGAAUUCCACUGAGCAUACCUCAAGUUUAAUGAAUUCAACUACUGUGCUUUCAUCUGCUCCAUCAACAGGGAAACUUAUUUCAGAUUCUUUCCAUGGUGGGCUUUUGCCUCAUCAUGCAAUUAAGGAGAAGAACAAAAUGGGUUCCAAAGAAACAUUGGCGGCAGAAACAUCUGCAGCCAACAAUGAACACGCUGUCAUGAAUGAUCAUGUUGCUGUUAACGGUUUUGAGCCUUUAAAGGCUUUGGGCCCAGGCAUUCUGGCAAAUGGUUCCCAAAAUGAUACUGUUGCAACAGUUGAAAAUGAGCUAGGUGGUUCAGAUGUAUCAUCUAUGCAACAAGAUAGUAAUCAUCCUGUGGACCAGGUACCUUUAAAAGAAGAGUUUCCUCCAUCACCUUCAGAUCAUCAAAGCAUUUUGGUUUCCUUAUCUUCCAGAUGCGUGUGGAAAGGUACUGUCUGUGAAAGGUCUCAUCUUUUUCGUAUCAAAUACUACGGCAGCUUUGAUAAGCCUUUGGGUCGGUUUUUGCGGGACCACUUAUUUGAUCAGAGUUAUCGGUGCCGUUCUUGUGAUAUGCCUUCAGAAGCACAUGUCCACUGUUACACUCACCGACAAGGAACCCUCACUAUAUCUGUUAAGAAACUACCUGAAAUACUGUUACUAGGUGAAAAGGAAGGAAAGAUCUGGAUGUGGCACAGAUGCCUACAAUGUCCACGGAUCAAUGGUUUUCCUCCAGCAACGCGGAGAGUGGUGAUGUCUGAUGCUGCUUGGGGUCUAUCUUUUGGAAAAUUUUUGGAGCUGAGCUUUUCAAACCAUGCAGCUGCAAGCAGGGUGGCAAGCUGUGGCCACUCUCUCCAUAGAGAUUGUCUUCGUUUUUAUGGAUUUGGGAAAAUGGUUGCUUGUUUUCGGUAUGCAUCAAUUGAUGUUCAUUCUGUCUACCUUCCACCCCACAAACUUGAUUUCAGCUAUGAUCAUCAGGAGUGGAUACAAAAAGAAGCAAAUGAGGUGGCUAACCAAGCGAAGCUUCUUUUCUCUGAAGUACUUAAUGCUUUGAGUCAAAUUGUUGGGGCACUCAAUAAUGGCAUCAAAACACUUGAAUCAAGACACCAAACUGAUGAACUUGAAGUAUUGUUACAGAAGGAGAAGAGUGAAUUUGAGGAAUUGCUCCAAAAAGCUUUGAACAGGGAAAUAAAAAGGGGCCAACCUCCUGUUGACAUUCUUGAGAUCAAUCGGCUGAGGAGGCAGUUACUUUUCCAAUCUUAUAUGUGGGAUCACCGCCUAGUUUAUGCUGCUAAUUUAGUUAAAAAUAGUCUCCAGAAUGGUUUGAGCAGUGCAGUAUCAGAAGAAGAUGAGAAAGUCCUGACUAGUAGUCAGAAGCCUGCUCAGAUGAAUGUAACAACCAAGUCUGAAACAGAUUCUUGUUUUCAUGAUUCUCUUCUCAUUGACACCAAACUUGAAAAGAGGUCGGAUAAUGGAGAAGCAUGUGAUAAUGGCACUGGAGUAUCAAAUGGAUUACAUCAAGAGACAAACAAAGAUCGAGAUUCUGAUCAUAAAAAAGAAGACCAAACUAUUUAUGCCAGUGUGAAUGCCAGUGAACCAACUGACUCUCGGGAAGCUGAGUUAAAUGUACAUAGGGUCGUCGCCGAGGGGCAGUUUGCUAUAAUUGCUAAUUUAUCGGGUACUCUAGAGGCUAAAUGGACUGGUGAAAACUCCCCAACAAUUGGAAUACCAAAGGAUAAUGCCUGUGUACUUCCUGAUUCAGCUUUGGUAGAUUCUUCUACUGUACCUGUAGCAAGCAAAGUGUUAGAUUCAGAAGACCAAAAAGAGCCCAAGGGCAUUUAUUCAUCUGCCUUGUCCAACAAGGUCACUGACAAUAUAGAUGACUCUGUACACUGGUUAAGAAUGCCAUUUUUAAACAUUUACCGCUCAGUAAACAAGAACUUUUUGGCAAGUGCUCAGAAACUUGAUACACUGGGUGAGUAUAAUCCACUUUAUGUUAAGCUGCAAGGCGGUGCUGGGCUGCUUCUGCCUGUGGGUGUUAAUGACACUGUAGUUCCUGUUUAUGAUGAUGAACCCACAAGUAUUAUAUCAUAUGCUUUACUAUCAGCUGAAUAUCAUGUCACUCUACAGGUUGACGAUGGGGAAAGACCCAAAGAUGGUGGGGAUCUUAUGUCUUCAAUUUCUUUAUCUGAUUCAGCAUAUCAUCAGUUGUCCCAGUCUUUUGAUGGAAGCAUUGGGUCAACAGAUGAUGGCAUUUUAGCCAUGUCUGGAUCUCAUAGCUCCCUGAUUUUGGAUCCACUAUCAGAUACAAAGGCUUUCCAUCCCAGAAUUUUUUUUAAAGAUGAUGGUCCACUUGGUAUGGUAAGAUAUUCUGUAACUUGUUACUAUGCAAAGCGGUUUGAAGCAUUAAGGAGGAUUUGUUGCCCAUCUGAGCUUGAUUUCAUAAGGUCUCUUAGCCGUUGUAAGAAGUGGGGUGCCCAGGGUGGCAAGAGUAAUGUUUUUUUUGCUAAAACAUUGGAUGAUCGUUUCAUCAUCAAACAAGUGACAAAGACAGAGCUAGAGUCGUUUAUUAAGUUUGCCCCAGAAUAUUUCAAAUAUUUGUCUGAAUCAAUUAACACUGGAAGUCCAACAUGUCUGGCAAAGAUUCUUGGGAUUUAUCAGGUUACCUCAAAACAUCUAAGAGGUGGGAAAGAAUUGAAGAUGGAUGUUCUAGUCAUGGAGAAUCUGUUGUUUGCAAGGAGUGUGACACGGCUUUAUGAUCUCAAAGGAUCUACCCGGUCGCGUUAUAAUCCUGAUUCUAGUGGGAGCAACAAGGUGCUGCUAGAUCAGAACUUGAUUGAAGCAAUGCCAACUUCUCCCAUUUUUGUGGGAAACAAGGCAAAGCGGUUAUUGGAGCGAGCAGUCUGGAAUGAUACUGCUUUCCUAGCGUCAGUCGAUGUAAUGGACUAUUCAUUAUUGGUUGGGGUGGAUGAAGAGAAGCAUGAAUUAGUUCUUGGGAUAAUUGAUUUCAUGAGACAGUAUACAUGGGAUAAGCACCUUGAAACAUGGGUGAAGGCUUCGGGUAUCCUUGGUGGACCAAAGAACACACCACCAACUGUAAUUUCACCAAAGCAGUACAAAAAACGGUUCAGGAAGGCAAUGACUACCUACUUUUUGAUGGUCCCAGAUCAAUGGUUCCCUCCUAUCAUUCCCAGUAAAUCACAGGAUGAUUUAUGUGAGGAGAACACAUAAGUGAAACCUUCUUAGAAAAAAACUGGUGAUUCAAUGUGCUUGUGCAUCCAGUACGUGAUUUUAUUAUCAAUCCUUCCCAUGGUUUUUUCCAUUAUAGAUUUUCCAUAUUUUGAUUAAUUUUUUAUAGAAAUUCAUUGUUAUGUUAUAUUAAAAUGAGAAGUUCCUUAUUACUUGCUAGGAGAUGAAGAACAAAGCAGUUAAAGCCAUAGAAGUUUCUGUCAGGGGUUUAAUAUUUGAUGACCUCUCCAUGAAAUCCUUGUACAAAUAUUUAUUCAUGUAUGUAGCAUCCCAAAUGUACAUUAUAUGAAUUUUUGUCAUAUAUUUUAAUAUAAUAGAUUAUAUUCUGUAUUGCAAAA